AUGUUAGCUGAUGACUCUGUUCACAAGGAUGAGAUCGAGGCGCUCCAGAAACAACCCCCAGCAUAUUCCCUUCCUACAAAUACAGAGUACUGGAACGUGGUGAGUCGAAACAAAAGGAGAGUCAAAAUUUGGUUGGAAAAAUACAUGUCCAAAGACAACGACACCUUCGAGCAGAUAUGGCGUACAGGAGGUGAGGUCCCUGAUAGGACCAAUUCCUUCUACACGCAUUUCCCCAAGAAACCUACAAAUUUGGAUUCCGAGCACCACUACACAUCUCUCAUCAACAUGAACCACUUUUAUCUGGGCAGGUGGCUGCCGGAGAUCAUACAGGAGUAUCUUUUCCCAUUUGAGGAUCUGCUGAAAGUCCCCCAGAAGGAGCACCAAUCCGAGAUUGGGCUAAAACUCUCUUCCAAAGCCGUUCCAACGCGAGAGGAGUGUUCUCUAUGUGAGAAGCUCAACGGCACUGUUAUCUACGACCGCUGUGGAGUCUGGUCAUGUGUUGAUAACGAAGCCAUCAAAGAUCAGGCCACAUUUGACAUCACCAAACAGGACUCCAUUGGUGCGAAGUUUUUCAAGUCUUACAGAGAAUACGCUUCUUGGAAACACAAUUAUACAGAUUCAAUUGCAAGGCUAGAACAACAGGAGAUGUCAUCCGGCAACGACGCCGAAGCUGCUCAGAUUGAGACUCGGCUGAAGCAAAUGGAGCAGCUGAGAAAGUCCAACAGAGUUCCAAGUGCAAUAGUUGUUUCGAAAGCAAGGAAGGGCAAAUGA